AUGUCUCUGCAAUCGGUGCAAUCGACGCAAAACAGAAAUGACGUGAGUGCCGUGUGAUCAAUGCUUUUACAGCGAUAAACGAGAGAAGAGCGACGCUGUUGCAUAGGCUCUUAUCAAAAGGAAAAAGAAAAUAGAAGGGUUCCCAAAAUGACGCGACUUGUGAUCUAAGACUGUUCCCUACCAUUACAAAAAAUGGAGAAGGGUUACGUAACACUUAGUGAUCAUUAAAUGUUUAAGCCUCAUCAAAGGGCAAAGCCAAAAAAGUCCGGAUCAUAAGAGUAAUAAUAGUAGACGUCGGUGUUAUCCUUAGAGCUAGUUGUAUGCGCCCUAAACGGAACCGAUCGGUCUCCCACUCGCCAAGAAGAUGAUGAUAUAGAGCGCGUCGCUUCCAGAGGAGGAAGGUUGCUGGAGCGGGGCAUAUCUGGGUAACAGAAAGAGAAAAAAGACAACAGCUUAAAGAAAGUCUUCGUUUAACCGAAUUUCGAACGCCAAGUGGACGCUGAAUCAGACUUAUUUUUGCAGCAUCAGCUGAACAUCGACGAGAUGAUGAGCGAAGAUGAAGCGCGACGACGGCGAGAACAGUUGGCCCGACGGCCCUCUUACCGAAUGAUUCUGAAGGAUUUGGAGACCGUUGGGGACAAGCCUCUGAAGAAGGAGAUCCUGGAAGAACCCAGCACCGACUCCGUCAACAACAGCAUGCUGGGUAAGGACCUUUUUUGGGCAUUCCUUCCUUCCGCCCCUCCCGUCCGCUCUCAGUCAACAUCAAUAUUCGCGUGAUUGCCAAUCGGUCGGAGCUAUAGGCCGGCGGUCUCUCUCUCGCUCUGCUCUCUUGUUCCGUCUUUUUCAUUCCCUCUACGAAUCUUAUUCUCUUCAGCGCGUUAUCGCCGGGUUUCUCCCUUUUUGGUCGAGUCGUUCCGUUUGUAGCGUUAUUGUUGUCAAAUUCUCGCCCCUUGUACCAAACCUUCUCCCCCUUUAUCACAAACUUUGAGGGCUUUCCGCCUUCGGAUUUGGGCCUGCUAGCUUAUGCAAUACCCGGAUAAGGCCAUACAGUAAGUGGCCUAAUCCCGGGCCAUAAGGAUGGAGCCGUUUAAUGUUAUUACAAACACAGCCCUGCGUUUUUUCUCUCCUUUUUCUCGAAGGCUUCAUUGGAAGGAAAUGAAGCCCAUAUUAUUUCUUUUUUUACCUGCCGUUGUAUGUAGUAGUCUUUAGGCCACGGGUUGGGCGGUGAGGGAGGAGAUUGCAUGGCUUCAUGUUCAUGGAUAGAGUCAAUUGACUCGCUCCGAUUAACUUUUAAUAAUUACGUUUCUCUUAAUUAGCAGUUGUGGAUACCGUUUAUGAUAGCUCUUUGCACAUGACACCUCGCUCGAUGUUUACACUAGUCCCUCCAUUUGCAGGACCUCCAACCUCGGUGCAUUUCGAAGUCCCGACCAGCACUCAUUUAAACGGAUCCUCAAAUUCGUUGCGUGUCGGUUCCGGAAACAACAACGCGCCUAUGCGCAACCCCAACGAGUGUGUGCCAGCCGAUCCUGGACUAACUGCGCGUCUGAUGAACACGCCCCGUUCAGCCGCUGACAUCCCGUCCCAACCGCAACCCCAAAUCCAAACCUCGACUCCCCUGCUGAGUGUGGCGGGGACCAACGGUCUCGUUCUCCCGGUGACAAACGAUAUUCUCAACAUUAAAGCGGUUAAUGACUCCCAGAUCUCACUAAACACCUCAGGCUUUGGACAGAAUGGUAAGUAAAUACACUCAGUAAACCAAUAAUUCCUUUAGAAUGGCAAACAGGUCUUCUGUCACAGUACGGUACAAAUCACAGUCCCUUAACAGCGAAUCUCGCAACUCGACAGGGAUCGGCGUCUUUGACUUCACUGUCAGACAACGAUGAAAGUAAUCGGAAGCGACAAGUCAGACUACUCAAAAACAGGUAUGGUUAUCCGACAUUUUUAUGAGUCCUUCAAAAUGAACAACUAUCCUUAGAAUUAGACGCUUUUUUCAGAGAAGCAGCGAAGGAAUGCCGCAGGAAGAAGAAGGAGUACGUAAAAUGCUUGGAGAAUCGAGUUGCAGUAUUAGAAAACCAAAACAAAGCAUUAAUCGAAGAGUUGAAGACCUUGAAAGACUUGUAUUGCCGGAAGGAGAAGGAGAUGUAA